AUAUAUAAAAAACAAUAGUGAUAAAAAAUAACAUUGGAAGCUGGAUUUCUCAUCAAAACACGGAUGGCAUCAUCAUCGACCCAAGCCAUCCCACUGGUGUUGGGUUCUUUACUGGCAGUGAUGCUGGCCAUACUUGGGGUUGUGUUAUUUCUCUUUUAUAAGAAGAGAAAGGAGAGCCUCAACUAUAAAGCCCCUCUUGAAAUGAUGACACGUAGUUUAAGAAAAUUAAGUAAAGCACCAAAGAAUUCGAGCGGGAGUAGUAGUGACAGCUUGCACCGACAACAAGCCAAUAUGACUCCUAUUUUAAACGACACAAGAUUCUGGGUUCCUGAAGUUUAUAACUCCAUCGUGCAACCGUCACCUACUCCUAUUAGAAAAACAAGUAGACUGCAAUCUACUUUAGAUCGGGAGAUAUACUCUAAAGCACAUGAUACAUCAUAUUUACAAGCGGCUGAUCAUGAGGUAUUUGAUGGUGAUAUGAAGAAACACUCGUCUGGUUCUCUUCGUAGAAAUAACACACUUAACUCUUCUAAACGCGACCUAUCUCGUCGACUUGCUAGUGACGGGGGUAAUCGAGGCAUGCUUCAUUUUUCCAUACAGUACAAACAAGACAAAGCUAUUCUAAUCGUCAUCGUGAUCAAAGCUGAAGGUCUACCCAUGAGAAGAAAUGGUGAACGCUGUGAUCCUUUUGUUGACCUGCAAGUAGCUCCGUUCUACAAACGCAGGAUGCAUUCUGAGGUGCAUCAGAAAACACAAAACCCGACAUUUAAUCAGCUUUUCGAAUUCGAAGUUCCUCCAUAUGAGAUCCGUGGUCAAACUGUCCAUUUCACCGUGUUAGACUUUAGUCAACAGUUAUCUCAUGAACCUAUCGGUACCGUGUUUUUCAGGUUAGACAGUGUAGAUCAUGAUGCUUUUAUAGCUGGAAAGGAAUUUGCUUUGUGGAAAAAGAUUGACAAGGAUGCCUUACAGCCAUCCGAUAGAUUAGAUGGAAAAUAUCGGGAGUAUCCGAUGGAGAUGGAUUUAGACAAAACAGCCAUGUUGUUAUUAUUGAGCGUGAAUUAUUUAAAAAUUGCUGAACGACUUACAGUGACAGUAAAUAAAGCAAGAAACCUGCUUCUUGUUGAUAGAAAGGGAAAACUUGAUCAUCCGUAUGUAUCUGUUUCAAUGAAACAUUUUGGGCGACCUUUAAAAAAGUUACGAACAGGUGUUGUGAAGCACGAAACGAAUCCGGUCUUUAAUAAAACGUUAGUUUUCGACGUACCCAGGCACCUAGUUGAACAUGUUUCACUAACUGUUAAGCUAAGACAUCACAAUGACAUGGGCAGAGAUCGGACGUUUGCUAUUUUGACUAUCGGUAAAAACGCAGUCGGAUCAGGUUCGGAACAGUGGAAAGAUAUGUUAAGUUCAUCAGAGACCGUGCAAAGGUGGCACCGACUUAUACCGAUAGAACCUGUUGAAGACUAAUGUCAAAAGGCGAUACAUUCGUGUUGUUUAAAAUUGUACAUAUUAUAAUAAAAUCGGCACUCGUGACGCGUAUGUCAGGAAGGUAUACAGGUUCUCCAUCCUACGGACCAUUUUUUGUUUGAAAAAUCGAAAAUAAGAUUUUUGCGUUACGUCUAUUAAUAACUGUAUUCUGUCUCUGCGCAACAUGGUACCGCAAGUACUGAGACACACAAUAAUGCGAUAUAAAAAUGACAAGCAAAUCCGUGGAUUUUUCUACAGGCCACCGACUAGUUUGUAAAAGUAUAAUUUGUGCGUAUGCGUGACAACAGUUGGGUUGCUCAACAGGAAAUAUCUAGAAACUUUCUGUAAGACAAAGAUUUACUGCAAGUUGCGGCGGGUAAAGCCCGUAGAUUUUCUCAAUAGCUUAAUUGCGUGGAUAUCCACGGGCAUACGGCUAGUUUUUUUACUAUUUGUUCUCGCUGGAUGAGAAUUCAUUGUAUUCUCUUGCUUAAAUUACUCACUAAAUUUGCAAAAAAUAUUUGAUUAUAUAUUUUAAUGAAUUUGCUUAUUUAUUUGUUUUUUAACUGUGUAUUUUUUUGUACACAUUUUCACAUGUUUUUUAUAUCGUGUUGUA